AUGUGCAUAAAAGGGAAUGGCGAUGGAACUGCCGCCUUCAGCGACGCCAUAAGUGCAGUGUUUAAGAGUUAUAUGGGGAGAAUGCCUGAUUUAGAUAUUCUCUUCCCUCCCCCUCGCAUUUAUUUAAUGGCUGUCUCUGUGUCUCCUUUAGGUCGUCAUUCUCUCUUAGGUUAUGGAUAUGCAGAUAUACCCAUGACUGCAGGUAACUAA